AUGGCACUUGAUGGCAACUGGAAGGUAGACAGAAGUGACAAUUAUGAAAAGUUCAUGGAGCAGAUGGGUAUUAAUGUAAUGAAGAGAAAGCUAGGAGCCCAUGACAACCUGAAAAUCACUAUUCAGCAGGAAGGAAACAAAUUCACUGUCAAGGAAUCAAGUACUUUCCGCAGCAUUGAAAUAAUAUUCAUGCUGGGAGUCAAUUUUGAAUACAGCCUGGCUGAUGGAACUGAGCUCAGUGGUACUUGGAACUUGGAAGGAAAUAAGCUUGUGGGAAAAUUCAACCGGAAAGAUAAUGGGAAAGAGCUCCAGGCAUUCAGAGAAAUCGUAGGAGAUGAAUUAAUUCAGACUUACAUAUACGAAGGAGUUGAAGCCAAGAGAAGCUUUAAAAGGGUUUAA